AAGUGCGUUCGCAACGUACCACCCACCCCUUGCACGGCUCCCCAUUUCCGUUUCCGGUGCGGGCCGCGCGCGAGCGCAAGAGUGGGAGGCGGCGACCAGCCGGUUGAGGCCUCAGGCUUGGCCUCACCACAAUGUGGCACGAGGCUCGGAAGCAUGAGCGGAAGCUUCGAGGCAUGAUGGUUGACUACAAGAAGAGGGCAGAACGGAGGCGGGAAUACUAUGAAAAGAUUAAGAAGGACCCAGCCCAGUUCCUGCAGGUGCAUGGCCGAGCCUGCAAGGUGCAUCUGGAUUCUGCAGUGGCCCUGGCCGCAGAGAGCCCGGUUAACAUGAUGCCCUGGCAGGGGGACACCAACAACAUGAUUGACCGCUUUGAUGUCCGUGCCCACCUGGACCACAUCCCCGACUACACCCCCCCACUGCUCACCACCAUCUCCCCGGAACAGGAGUCAGACGAGCGGAAAUGUAACUACGAGCGCUACCGAGGCCUGGUGCAGAACGACUUUGCUGGCAUCUCAGAGGAGCAGUGCCUGUACCAGAUUUACAUUGACGAGUUGUACGGAGGUCUCCAGAGACCCAGUGAGGACGAGAAGAAGAAGCUGGCAGAAAAGAAGGCUUCCAUUGGUUACACCUAUGAGGACAGCACCGUGGCCGAGGUAGAGAAGGUAGCAGAGAAACCCGAGGAGGAAGAGUCCCCGGCCGAGGAGGAGAGCAACUCGGACGAAGAUGAGGUCAUCCCCGACAUCGACGUGGAGGUGGAUGUGGAUGAACUGAACCAGGAGCAGGUGGCAGAUCUCAACAAACAGGCCACAACCUAUGGCAUGGCUGAUGGGGACUUUGUCAGGAUGCUUCGGAAAGAUAAGGAGGAGGCAGAGGCCAUCAAACAUGCCAAGGCCCUUGAGGAGGAGAAAGCCAUGUACUCGGGCCGUCGUUCCCGGCGCCAGCGGAGAGAGUUCCGGGAAAAGCGGCUGAGGGGUCGCAAGAUCAGCCCACCCAGCUAUGCUCGCCGAGACAGCCCCACCUACGACCCCUAUAAGCGGUCCCCCUCAGAGUCCAGCUCCGAGUCCCGCUCCCGCUCGCGCUCCCCGAGCCCAGGCCGGGAGGAGAAGAUCACCUUCAUCACCAGUUUUGGGGGCAGCGAUGAGGAGGCAGCUGCAGCCGCUGCUGCUGCUGCCGCAUCAGGGGCCGCCACAGGGAAGCCCCCUGCGCCCCCUCAGCCUGGCGGCCCCGCACCGGGACGCAAUGCCAGCGCCCGCCGGCGCUCCUCCUCCUCUUCCUCCUCCUCUUCUGCCUCGAGGACCUCCAGCUCCCGCUCCAGUUCCCGGUCCAGUUCCCGCUCCCGCCGCGGUGGGGGCUACUACCGCUCCAGCCGCCAUGCCCGCUCCCGGUCCCGCUCCUGGUCCCGUUCCCGAUCCCGUUCCCGGCGCUACUCCCGGUCUCGCAGCCGUGGCCGGCGACACUCAGGUGGGGGCUCCAGAGAUGGACACCGCUAUUCACGUUCGCCUACCCGGCGCGGAGGUUAUGGGCCCCGGCGCAGAAGCAGGAGCCGCUCCCGCUCAGGGGACCGAUAUAGGCGGGGUGGCCGGGGCCCCAGGCAUCGCAGUAGCAGCCGCAGUCGCAGCAGCUGGUCCCUCAGCCCUUCCCGAAGCCGAAGCCUGACCCGCAGUCACAGCCGAAGCCCCAGCCAGAGCCGUAGCCGCAGCCGCAGCCGCAGCCAUAGCCAGAGUCACUCACCAUCGCCCCCAAGGGAGAAGCUGACCCGGCCAGCAGCGUCCCCUGCUGUGGGCGAGAAGCUGAAAAAGACCGAACCUGCCGCUGGUAAAGAGACAGGAGCUGCCAAACCCAAGCUGACGCCGCAGGAGAAGCUGAAGCUGAGGAUGCAGAAGGCGCUGAACAGGCAGUUCAAGGCGGAUAAGAAGGCCGCUCAGGAGAAGAUGAUCCAGCAGGAGCAUGAGCGCCAGGAGCGGGAAGAUGAGCUGCGCGCCAUGGCCCGCAAGAUCCGGAUGAAGGCCCCCUGGAACUCCAGUCCUGACUGCCAGCCAGUGUCCAUUUCCAGAGAGCGGGAACGUCGGGAGAAGGAGCGAGAAGAGUGGGAGCGCCAGUACAGCCGGCAGAGUCGCUCGCCCUCCCCUCGCUACAGUCGAGAAUACAGUUCUUCCAGAAGGCGCUCGAGGUCUCGGUCCCGAAGCCCCCAUUACCGACAUUAGGCAGAAGAAUAGGGGACAGGAAGGGGGUGGGGCACAGGACUCAAGCUGUGAUGCUGCUGGUUUUCUCUAGUGAAAUAAAAGCAAAUGUUAUUUAAUGCC